AUAAAAGUGACAUUCUGUAAAAUUUUACUAAUUAAAAACAUAAAAAUUAAGUGGAUUCUCGUCGAUAUUUCUUAAUUAAAGCUGUUCCAUCUUGUUAAGGAACAGUCAAAAUAUCGGGGAAAAGUGGAGAACAAUUGAAAUUAGAAGGUUUAAAAGCAAAUCAAGAUGCAAGAUAAAGCACUAAAAAAUUCUAUGUCUUCAAACAUAAGCGUUUGGCUUUCAAAUAAACUUUCAGGAAAUGAUUUAUGGAUAAAUGGUGGAUCAAUUUGUUCACAAUUAAAUAAGGAAGCUUUAAGGAAUAUCAAGGAAAUAUUUACUGAUCUUCAGACACAAGUGAAACUUAAGCUACUAUUAAGCUUUUUUCAUAUUCCAAGAAGAUUUAUUGAUGAGUGGAAGGCUGAAUUGGAUGAGAUUCUUGAGGUAGCAGCACAAGAUCAAGAAUUAUGGGUGUCAAUGCUUUCAGAAUCAAUGAAAACUUAUCCCGCGACUGGAUCUUUAAAUACAGAAAUAAGUGACUAUGAGAAAAUUUUUACUGAUAUGGUUUCGGAAUUGAAACGUUUAGUGAAUAAAACAAAUGAUCUUCGAAUGCUUCCUUUAGAGUGUCAAUAUUUAAAUAAGCCUGCAUUAACGGCAUUAGUUGGUAAUCAGCCGACACAGAUGCGUCAUUUUGUUCUUAAACGUAAACCAAAAAGUACGAUAUUGAGGACUGAAUUGAUGCAAAAAUCAGCAGAUGCUCAAUCGAGUCUUAAAAAGACAUCUGCACCCACUGUGCCUUUACGAUCUCGUGGAUUGCCGAGAAAAAUGACCGAUACAACUCCUCUUAAAGGAAUUCCUUCACGCGUACCUUCAGGUGGAUUUAAAACACCAAUAUCUGCUCAAUCGAAAAAUGCAACUGGCAUUAAUAGAACAACACCGGCCGGACGAAAAGAUGGUGGUGUUAAAUUCCUUGAAAUUGAAGAUCAACCUUUAGGCUAUGCAGCUGCAAAGAAACGUAAGCGUCAACAAGAAUUAGAAGAGCAACAAAAACGUGCAGCUGAGACGGAGCAAACUGUAAAAACUGGAGAAGGAAUUACAAAUCAAGUAUCAGUACAAACUCCUAUAACUACGCCUGAUUAUGCUGCUGGAUUGGCUCCCGUUGUGGCAUAUACGCAACCAGCAACUCCAUUGCCUUUAUCGACCGAUUCUCCACUGGUCAGUACACCACUAUUUACGAAUACGACACAAUCAAUUACUAGCACGUCUUCUACAUUAAUUGAUACGUCGCCAACGUUAGUGACAACAUCGAGAGAAUUAAAGAAAGAGAACUCAAUGAUCUCACCAAAACGUAUGAAAUUCGAAGAUGAUAUUGAAGAGGUAAAAGCCAUAUCGCCAAUUAAACAAGAACUUCCAGUCAAAUCAGUCGUUAUGACAUCGACAAAAGACAGCACAAUUAAAGGAGAAACGAAGAUUGUUAAAGUUACUCGAACUCUACCGACGCUUAUAUCAAAUACAAAUAUUCAGCCACAACAGCAUCAACAGAAAUCAAUUGUUUUAACGCCGACGACGACUUCAGUUAAUUCAUCGUAUGUGACAAUUAAAGCCGUUUCUGCACCAAAUAGUCAGCCAUCACCUUUAUCACAUCUUAAUAUUCCAAGUAAUACAAUUGUACGGACGGUUCAAUAUGUGACAACGCAGGCACAACAAAAUGCACAUAAUAAUGCAAUAACAACAAAAUCGCCUAUGACUAUACAAAAGCCAACGCUUAUUGCAAAAACGAAUGCUUCUGGCAAGCCAACUAUUUUAUCGAAUAUUGUUUUAACACCAAAUACAAUUCGAACUGCCGUUCCUAAUCAGCAACAGCCAACAUCGAGCACUGGAACAUAUGUAAUAUCACCAAAUAAUAAGAUUGUUCAACGUGUCAUGGUUACAUCUGGUCAAAAUCUUAAUAUUCCAACAUUAACGACUCGUACUGCUCAGCCAACAAUCAUUCAACCAAUGCAGCAAGGCACGCCAACGAAAAUUGUUCAAAUUAAAACGACUCCAACAAUUUUGGGUAUGGCACAGAAUCAGAAUUCAACAGUGCAAAACAUUCCACCGCUUAUUUCGACUCAACAGCCGACACUAUUGAAUAUUCAAAACAUACAAAAUCCAGCUAGAAAAACUGUUACAUUGACUGCACCGCAACAAAAUCAGCAAGGUACACAAGGACAAAAACUUAAUCAAAUUAUAAUGCCCGGCGGUGUUGUUAAAGGCAAAACAAUUAUUGUAUCAAAUCAGAAUCAAAACUUGAACCUAGGAUCGAGAAAUGUCAUUCUUCAGAAUGUCGGAGGAGCUGGUGGUCAGACCAUUUAUCAGCAAAUUCCUAUUUCAUCAGCUUUAGUGCCACAAAACAAUAUGCAACAAAAUGUUCCACAAUUGGUGCUUUCGACAAAUGCUCAACAGAAUCAACAAACUCAUCAACAGACAAUGCCACGCUUAAUUACGAAUAUCGCUACGUUGCAACCUCAGCAACAAACGACAAAUCAUGUACAAAUUAGACCAGUUUUAACGGCUAUGCCACAAGGUGGACAAUUGACUCUAAUUCAGCGUCCUGGACAGCAAGCACAGUUAGUUCAAGCUUCUCAAAUCGUUCAGCCACAAAAUAUCCAGAAGACUAUAAUAACUCGUCCUCAAGUUGUACAAGUACAGCAGCAAACCGCGACACAAACUCAACAAGUGACUUCACAGGCAACUACAGGAACGACAAUUAAAGUCAGUGCUGCUGGUGCGAACGCAACUGGCCAAAGAAGAGGUCUCUCGCUUUCUUCAAAACAUGUCGCAGUGGCUAGUGAAAUGUUUAAGAAGGCAAAUCGUGUCACUAGGUUAGAUAAAGCUUUAAUUCUUGGUUUCAUGGCUGGCUAUCGAGAUAAUCCUCGACCGAAUGCAGAGAAUGUCAUAACGAUUAAGCUGAACGAAAGCAAGGAACAAGUCAAGCAGCCAGAUAAUACAGUCGUUCCAAUGCUAGUCGAUACAUUCAUUCGAUUGGAUUAUAAUAGUGGAGAUUGGAAGACGUUCCGUACGUUCCGAAAAAUUACCCAACAACAGGCAGAAGCAGCAUCGGCAACACAACAACAGCAGUCGCAAAGCUCCGUAGUUAUAUGAAAAAUGGUUAAAAAAUCAUAACCAUGAUAAUCUCUCCGUUUACAAGUUGAUCAUAAAAUAUCUGAUAAGUAUGUUAAUUUUUCUUGGAUAGGUUCUGACAUUUACUUCUUCAAUCAGACACCUUUAAUCCUUAUUAUCGACUUUCAUUUCGUCUUUUUUAUUAAGAAUCAUACUUAUUGUAAGGAAAAAUAAAGAAUAUUAUUAUGUCACGGUAUGUUUUAUGAGGCACACAAAAUACCUUUUCUUUCUGUGUGCAAUUUAUAUCCUUAUAAUAUGUCUAAUCUUGAAUCCAUACAUUUAUAGUUAAUAAAAGUAAUGAAGCAUA